GUGAUAAACCUGCCCUGAAACGAAAGUGAAAGAAAAGCUUCUUUAAAAAGUAAACCUUCACAUCGGUUUCUGAGAAAGAGAUAUUAAAGUGGAUUUAAUGGAACUAUAACGUUUCAGUACCUUUUUUUUCUUUUUGUUUCCGUUUUUGAAACAGCCUUGUUGUUAUUGGGACAAUAUUUCCUAACAUCAUGGAAAAUGCUGACGAGAUGAACCAUUGGCAGGAGACUGCAGUCAAUGGGAAACAUUAUGAGUGGCAGCUGUCAAAUGGACAUCUAUGGCUGCCAAUCGACAAUGACCAUUUGAUCGAGACCCACUACUGCCAACCUGGAGCUAAAGGAAUCACCAUCAACUUCAGCCAUAUGAAGGUGUUCAUAGACUUUGAUAAACUGCUGACUCAGAAUGUAGAUCUGAAGGUGCAGAGACUGAGUUUCCUCCCUCAGGGCCAGACGGAGGACGUAGGCUGGUACUUCAGAGAUGACCAGCUGUGGCGUGAAUUUGGAUCCCAGAGGUCCUUGACCAUCAGCAGUGGAGAUGUGGAGCGUCAGUUCACUCUUAACCCUCGAGGGUCUUUCAACUUCACAGUGGGCUCCUCAAGCUACUCACUCGACUUCUCAACCAUGACACAAACAAACUGCGUCACAGGCCUGCGCAGAAAUCUACGAAGGCGUCCAAAAUUAACUUCCAAUGCAGGGAGCCGUUCCUCCACUUCAGCUUCCUCCUCCCAGCUCACAGAUGGAGGCUACAGGUGGGAGUUCAUGGGAGACGAGGGUAUAUGGACUGAGUACAAUGCACAUGUAUGUUCAUUUGAUAGCGCUGCCCUUGAGAGACAAUACCAGCUGAAUCCUCAGGGCCAACUUCCCUUCAAGAUCAGAAGAUUUUCAUACACGCUUGACUUCUCUAGCAUGAGUCAAGCCAAUGACACUAUCGGGACCAGGAGAGCAGUGAGGAGGACUGCUGACUCUGGAGGUCAACAGGACAGCAGUUUGGGCACUUCACCACGAUGGCAGUUUCAGGAUAUCGGUGGAAUGUGGAAAGAUUAUUCAAAUUCCAAAAGCAGCAUUUCCAGUCAGGACAUUGAGCGGCAAUACCAACAGACCCCGUCAGGCUCCAUGAAGUUUACCGCCAACAGGUUUAGCUAUGAGCUAAACUUCUCAGCCAUGACUCAGAAGAACAUGUCCACAACCACCACCCGAUCAGUGAGGAGACUCACCCAGUGACUGGGACGUCAACAGAUGUAGAAGUCGUCUUAAUGUAAUCCUCACACUGACCUUACUUCCUGCCUCAGGUUGUCUCUCAAUAGAAUUAUUCUGCACUGAUUUUCCCAAACUGUCUUUCAUUUUUCUUAUUGAAUGACACAAUAAUUACUUUAAACAUGAAGUUGUCAGGGAUUUUUCAUAUUGACUAAUUUAACUUAUCCCCUCUAGCGUCUUAUAGUGGCAUUGCUCUCUAUGAUUAGAUUUAGAAGCUUUGGUUAGGUUACUUUAAGACAUCAUAAAGAUACGUUUUUGGGGUUUUAAUCAGGUUGCGUUCAGAUAAAAGGGGAACUCCACUGAUAUGACAUUGCUCUGUCUGUUUACAGGUAUUGGGGAGCACUCUUGCUUAUGUGGAUAAUGUUGUAUAAAGCUAUUGGGACUCAAAAUAUAAGUUAAAUCUGAACAAAAUUGACUCGAGCGAUGUAAAAAAUUGAGUCGGUUGGCGCUAAAGACAAUUUAAAACAUCUUGGGGUGUGGAGAACUUAUCUUUGUUUGAGGCUUCAGCUUGAGGCUACAAUAGCAGCAAGUAGUAGCAUAACACUGCCAAACCUUUGACCAGAAUGUCAACCGCCAAGUUGCAUUGUGGGUAAUUUAAUCACAAGUGCGUGAAAUAAAAAAGAAAUACCUUGUGUUCUGCUGCAUCAACUAGGAUUUAUUUUUGUUUAAAACUGUCCGGCAAUAUUAUAGCACAGACAUACUGAAUCAGGGAAGUACUAUUAAUGAAAGAAAAAUACCUCUUUUUAGCAUCCUAACAUGUUUAUGAUUCAUGAAUACUGUCUUUUAAUCAGGGUUCUUUAAAAAAA